AAAGAUGCUGACUUAUUUCCGCUCGAUGAUCGAUCAGACGCUUCGAAGCUUUUGUAAUGUCAAACGAAAUGCGCUCUAUAAAGGGCUGCCAAUUUACUACAGUGAAAAAGGCGCGAAAAGAGAGAAUGUUGAUGGAGCAUGCAAUAGUAGAAUAUUAUUAAUAAUGGCACCAAUUUCUAAUUAUUCUGGCGGAAAUCUACUUUCAAGUCCAAGAAAUGAAAAACCCCAGAAAUUUGAGAGACAGCAAGUACAAUAUGAAGACUUGACUGCUGAUUUCAACGAUAAAUUAAUCGAUUUCUCCAAACAAUUUUGUCACAUAUAUUCAAUAAGACUGGCAGAAUUGAGAACAGUAUUGAUACCACGAGUAAUUGCAAAAUGGGGAAAAAUUCAAAUAUUAAAGUUGGCGGAAUUAGAAGAUUUUGAAGGACAAGAAUGUGUAAUAAUUGGUACACUCUAUAAACAUCAAAAGUGGAAGCCAUCAAUAUUACACGAGUUAAGUGAGGAUCAUCAACUGACAUUAUCUGAGCCAAGAUCAAAUUAUUGUUCAGAAAAUGAUCAACUUUUCUUGGAAGAUGAAAUGCUACGCAUCAAAUUAGUAGUAGAAGAUGCAGAUCUGAAGAAUUAUGUUACGGGUGUUGUAUGUGCCAUAUUAGGGCAUAAAGAAAAAGAUGGUACUUUUGUGAUCAAGGAAUGGUGCUUUCCUGGUUGUGUGCCUAAAAGUUCACUGGCACAACCAAAGUCCAAAGGAAAACUGCUAUUUUUAUCUGGGCUCGACUUGGCAAAUAACUCGAAGAGUUUGUCGUUAAGUCUUUUAACAGAAUGGAUAUGCGGUAUGGCAGGAAAUGCAGCAGCGCAAGAAAAUGCUACUGGUGUCAUUCAAAUUAUUAUCACUGGCAAUUCUGUCAAGACUGUUACCAAGACAAAUACUUUAAUGGGACAUGCUGAAGGGAAGGCACAAGAUGCCGCGAUAGCAAAAGAAGUCGUUGUAGCAACGACACUUCUAGACGCAUUUCUCGCUGAAAUAGCAACAUGUUGUUGCAUUACCUUAAUGCCAGGUCAGCACGAUCCUGUCAAUGCGAUGCUGCCUCAGAAACCACUGCAUCCAUGUAUACUACCGUUAACAUCUAGAUUUGAAAGUUUCAAAGGUGCGACUACUUGGAUCGCCAAAGUCGCUGAACGUGUAAUAAUGGGUAGCAGUGGUCAACCUAUUGAAGAUAUCGUGAAAGCAACUGAUGCAAUAGAUAUUUCUCCUUUAGAUUGGCUGGAAAGAACGUUACUUUGGAGACAUAUGUGUCCCACUGCUCCAGAUACAUUACCGGUACAUCCUUACUCUGUAAAAGAUCCAUUCAUCAUCAAUCAUUGUCCAGAUAUAUACUUUGUGGGUAACACAGAUAAAGUUGAAACAAAAUUAUGGAAAGGUGAAGAAAAUCAGACGGUCAGAUUAAUUUGUAUUCCAAAGUUUUCUUCUACAAAUCUUGCAGUUAUGGUAGACAUAGAAACUUUGGAUACUGAAACUAUUUAUUUUGGUACAAGUAUCUGAAUAAAC